AUGGAAGGGGGGCUUGGCUGCUUCGGGUUUUUUCCUGCUUCCGCCGCCAACAGUAACCACGGGGAGCUUUCCUCCUUCUCUCACACUCCUCGACCGGCACCGACGACAGCCGCCGGUCGCUCCCCUCCUCUUCUCCUCUACUCUCCCUCGCCUUCGGUCAUCACCUCCUCUUCACGACGCCGCUGCCGGACAGACGGGCCACCGCUCUUCUCCCUCUCCCCCUUGCGACACCAGCGACGAUCGCCUAUCUCCUCCUCCUCUCGUCCCGCGGCUAGCACCGCAGUUGGUCCUCUUCUUCCUCGCCGGUGCCGCCGCCGGCUGCCACCUCCGCUCCUCUCCUUCCUCCCUUCCCGCCGAUGCUCCUCUCUCUCCUCUCCUCUCGCCGGAGCCACCUCAGAUCCGUCUCCCUCUUCCUUCCGGCGUUCGCAGCUACCUGCUGGUAGCUUCCUCUCCUCCUCUCGCAGUUGGCCAUCGUCGGCACAGCAUUGCCGCCGCAAACUCAUCCAUCUCGCAGCCCCCUCUGUUGCUGGUCGACGCCAUCCACAGACAGGCAACAUCAGUCUUCGGCGAUUGACGAUGUCCUCCAGACCAUCCUCAUCACUUGUCUUCCGGUUCUGUUCCACGUUCGGCUUUGCGUCGUCAGAUCCCGCUCUUCAUCCUGAUCGGGCGUCGUCUACUCUUCCGGGUCACGACAACUCGAGUAGCGUCCCAUCCGAGGGCGCCCCCUGGGUCAGGGCAUCAAAAGGGUCAUGGACCCGAUCAAAUCAGAUCACAUUUGGGCUCGAUUCUAAGGCUAAACGAGGUGAUCAAGCUGUGGAUCAAUUUGGACCAUCCGUUGAAGAUCGGAGAGAUCUGGGCCAUCCAUUGAAGAUCUGGUCCAUCCGACCUAAGGGAGAGUAGAUCUGGACCGUCGAUGAAGAUCAAUACCCUUGGAUUAGAUUUUAGGCAAUCUUUCACCGUUGAUUUAUCUCAGAAGCAUCUCAGCCAUCCGAUCAAAACUGAGGAGGUUUAAAAACCCGCGUGAGAAGCUACAGUAGCUUGGGCUCGGCGUUUUCGCGACACUGUGCAUCUUCUUCUCUUCUACUCCGCGACGCCGAGUUCCCAUUCCCGAUUCCAGAUCCAGAUCUUCCUCUUCUUCAACGACGGCGAUCUUGAGCUUCCGGCGUCCAUCUUCCGGCGAUCAGAGAGUGUUGAGGGAGGUUUCUCGGUGCGUCUCGGCUUUGUUCCACCGCUACGAUCUUGUUUGAGGGAGGUUUCUUGGACAACGAUUUUCGCAUCCAACUGAGCUCAAAGGGAGGUUUCUUUGAGUCUUAGAUCCGUUUCCGUUCUCCAUUCCGCAGCAAAACUUGGAUGAAUUGGCCAUUUGAUCCGGUUUGCACAUUCACAGAGUUAAGCUCUGUUUCUUCGGCUGUUGGGAUUAUCAGGUGAUAAGGAGUUCGAGGGGAGGUUUCCAAGGACGAUGAGCAUCUACUGGUAAUAAUUGGAAGUUUGGUGAUAGCUGUUGGGUGUUGAGGGGAGGUUUCCGAUGCACUUUUGUUUACACAGCAGAAUGGAGAAGAUAAGAUCCGGGAUUUGGUUGAGGAAUGUUUUAGGGUUUCUGUUUACUUUUGAAUGUUACUGAAUUUGCCAUGUCUAUGCUCAGAUCUACAGAUCUGAUAAUUUCCUUUGUAAUUUGAAUUUCUGUUUGAGAUUUGUGUGUCUGAUUUCAAUUUCUUGCUUUCAACCCCCAAAUUUUAGAUCUAAUUUCUGAUUAGUUUAGUAAUACUGAUACUAACUGUUUGUAGGGUUUUGUGAUUUAGUUAGCAAAUUAAUCUUUGUGACUAUGAUCUUGACUAACCGUAGGAUGCUUAAU